GCUAACAAAGAGAUUAGCGACUGCAUUCAAACAGAGUUCAUCACGUUCUUAAGAUAGCCAAUACAGCCGCUUCUUUCUCUCAUUCUAUUUCUUGCUUUAGACUCGCUACCUCUCUCUCUCUCUCUUCUUGUUAUUUUCUGUCUCCAUUCUUGCUCUAUCAUCCAUGCUUUCAAGCUUCCCCAUUUGACUAUUGCGGUAAUUGCAUGGCGCUCUUGAGGUUGGGCUCUAAAUCUGAAGCCUUUCAUCGUGAAGGCCGAACAUGGACUUGCACAACUGGGCUUCAAAGUGAUGUUACCAUUGAGAUUGGAGAAAUGUCUUUCAAUCUCCACAAGGUGCAUUUAUUUGGUUCUGCACAACCUCUAAAUAGUUAGUAUGUAAACUUUUCUGUUUUGACUUUUGACGUCCCCAUUCGACCAACUUAUCCCAGAACCAAAUGAAAACGAAAACAUCUAAUUAUCUUAUGGAUGCAGUUUCCAUUGCUUUCAAAAAGUGGGCUAUUGGAGAAGCGUAUUGAAGAACAUUCUUGCGACAAUGGUUCAAUUCGAGUCUUGGAACUUGAUGGCAUACCUGGUGGUGCUAAAGCGUUUGAGCUUAUAAGCAAAUUCUGUUAUGGUGUAAAAUUAGAUCUCACUGCUGCAAAUGUAGUCUGCAUUAGAUGUGCAGCAGAGUACCUUCGCAUGACUGAAGAUUACGGAGAAGGAAAUCUCAUUGCUCAGACAGAAGCUUUCCUUAAUGAAGUCUUCACCAAUUGGAAAGACUCUCUAAAAGCUCUAGAAUCGUGUGAAGAAGUCCUACCCUAUGCAGAAGAACUUCACAUUGUCUCAAGAUGCAUUGAUUCCUUGGCAACCAAAGCUUGUGCAGACCCAAAAGUGUUUAAUUUGCCUUUGUCUGGACAAACUACUUCUCAGAAUGAGGGAAGUGUAAUAGUAUGGAAUGGAAUAUCUGUUGCAGCUAAACCAGAGGCCAUGGGAAAUGAUUGGUGGUUUCAAGAUGUCUCAUUCCUCAACUUUCCUUUAUACAGACGUUUGAUUUUAGCAAUUGAAUCUAGGGGUAUGAAGCCUGAGACUGUUGCUGCAUCUCUUAUACACUAUGCUAAGAAGUAUAUUCCCUUGAUGAAUAAGCAAUCAAACUUCAACAACAUCACUUGUGUCAACCCUGGGACGACUGUUUCAUUCCCUCCUGAGGCAGACCAAAGAAUUGUCCUUGAAGAGAUUGUGACUUUACUCCCUAAUAAGAGGGGGGUCACUCCUACCAGGUUUCUCCUUAGGCUGCUUCGGACUGCCAUGGUCUUGCAUGCUAGUCCUUCGUGCCAAGAAAAUUUGGAGAAGAGGGUGGGAGCUCAGUUGGACCAAGCUGUACUUGUAGAUCUUCUCAUACCAAAUGUUGGUUACUCAGCGGAGACACUUUAUGAUGUGGAUUGUGUUCAGAGGAUGCUUGAUCAUUUUGUUUCAUUACACCAAGAAACAGCUUUAUCAACUUCCCCUUGCAUAGUUGAAGAGGGGCAUUUUCUGGAGGAGACAGAUGCAUUAACACCAAUAACAAUGGUGGCCAGUCUGGUGGAUGAAUUUCUUGCUGAGAUAGCACCAGAUGUUAAUUUGAAGCUCCAAAAAUUUGAGUUGCUUGCUGCUACCAUCCCUGAUUAUGCCAGGCCACUCGAUGAUGGAGUUUAUCAUGCUAUUGAUGUAUAUCUGAAGGCACAUCCUUGGCUGACAGAUAUAGAGAGGGAGCAACUUUGCAGAUUGAUGAACUGCCAGAAGCUCUCAAUAGAAGCUAGCACCCAUGCAGCGCAAAAUGAGAGGCUACCUCUUAGAGUAAUUGUCCAAGUUCUAUUCUUUGAACAACUUCGGCUUCGUACAUCAAUUUCUGGCUGGUUCUUUGUCUCUGAGAAUUUGGAGAGCUCACAAAAUCCUACUGGAAACAUAGAGCUUCCAAAAAAGAACAGUUCCUGUCCAAUGGACUCUGCACAAGACCAUGCUGUGGAAGUUGAUGUGAGGGAGCGUGUUUCUGAGCUUGAAAAGGAGUGUUCAAACUUGAAGGAAGAGAUUCAGAACCUUGUAAAGACAAAGAAAAAAUGGAAAAUAUUUUCCAAGAAAUUUAGUUUUAGACAGAAACUACAGCCCUGCAAUUCAAAAGAAUCAUGUGAAUUAAAGGAACCAGAAUCAUCAAAGAAUGAGCAACCUAAUCAUGACAAUAGUGAUAAAUUUUCAAAUUCAAACUAACAGGACAACAGUGACAUUCUAUCUUUCUUAUUCAAAUGCCAUAUAGAUGUGAUUCUUUUCCUGUAAAUUACAGUAUGAUCAUAUUCCUGAAUUGUUUUAGGAGUCAGGUUUUAGUUAAACCCCUCUUAUUAGUUCAUUAACUUACAAGCAAGCACAUAGUUUUGAGGUUUAAUCUGUUUCAUUUGUACUUGUUGCUCAUGAAAG